AUGGCCAACGCGCUCGACCACCUCAACGCCGGCCGCACCAGGAUCGAAUGGCUCUCGCAGCUGAACACCGAGUAUGCGCCCGCGAAGGAGUACCGCCGCACAUCCAUCAUCGGCACGAUUGGUCCCAAGACCAACUCUGCCGAGAAGAUCAAUGCCCUCCGCCGGGCUGGUCUCAACGUCGUGCGCAUGAACUUCUCGCACGGCUCCUACGACUACCACCAGUCUGUCAUUGACAAUGCGCGCAAGGCCGAAAGCACCCAGGCGGGCCGGCCGCUGGCCAUUGCCCUUGACACCAAGGGCCCUGAAAUCCGUACCGGUAACACGCCUGGCGACGAGGAUAUCCCAAUCGGCGCGGGCGAUGUCAUGAACAUCACCACCGACGAUGCCUACGCUACCAAGAGUGACAACAAGAACAUGUAUGUCGACUACAAGAACAUCACCAAGGUGAUCGAGCCUGGCCGCAUCAUCUACGUCGAUGACGGAGUCCUCUCGUUCAAGGUUCUGGAGAUCACCGACGAACAAACGCUCAAGGUCGAGUGUGUGAACAACGGCAAGAUCUCUUCUAAAAAGGGCGUCAAUCUUCCCAAGACCGACAUUGAUCUUCCCCCGCUCUCCGAGAAGGACAAGGCCGAUCUGAGGUUUGGUGUCAAGAACAAGGUCGACAUGGUCUUCGCAUCAUUUAUUCGUCGAGGUAGCGACAUCACUGCCAUCCGUGAGGUUCUCGGUGAGGAUGGCAAGGAUAUUCAGAUCAUCGCCAAGGUCGAGAACCAGCAGGGUGUGAACAACUUCGACGAGAUUCUAAAGGAGACGGACGGUGUCAUGGUGGCCCGUGGUGACUUGGGUAUCGAGAUCCCCCCGAGCCAGGUUUUCAUUGCGCAGAAGAUGAUGAUCACCAAGUGCAACAUCGCCGGAAAGCCCGUCAUUUGCGCUACACAGAUGUUGGAGUCCAUGACCUACAACCCCCGCCCUACCCGCGCCGAAGUGAGUGACGUCGGCAACGCCGUUCUCGAUGGUGCAGACUGUGUCAUGUUGUCUGGUGAGACCGCCAAGGGCAACUACCCCGUGGAAGCAGUGACUAUGAUGCACGAGACUUGUCUGCUCGCUGAAGUCGCUAUCCCCUAUGUGAACGCCUUCGAUGAGCUGAGGAAAUUGGCCCCUGUUCCUUGCCCGACCACCGAGACUUGCGCAAUGGCAGCUGUCAGCGCGUCCCUGGAGCAGAAUGCUGGCGCGAUCCUCGUUCUUACCACCAGUGGUACCACUGCCCGUCUUGUAUCGAAGUACCGACCCGUCUGUCCCAUCAUCAUGGUUACGCGUAACGCGAUGGCCGCCCGGUAUUCCCACCUUUACCGCGGCGUGUAUCCCUUUUACUUCCCUGAAGAGAAGCCCGACUUCAAGUCAUCUCCAUGGCAGGAGGAUGUUGAUCGCCGCCUCAAGUGGGGUAUUAUGAAUGCAGUCAAGCUCGGCGUGCUCAGCAAGGGCGAUGCUGUCGUCUGCGUUCAAGGCUGGAGAGGCGGAAUGGGUCACACCAACACCCUCCGCAUUGUUCCCGCUACCGAGGACUUGGGUCUUGACCAGGAGGCUUAG